UAGGUUUUCUUCAGUUUCCGCUCCGGGUUUGCUCUGCUGCUGCGUCAUGCUCAGAGCCUCGUACUGCGUCUUCAUGGUCGUGAUCGUGUCGCCUGCUCUGUACAUUGGUUUUUGAAGCAUAUUAAACCAACAACAAAGAAAGUUUGAGUCGGUGCUUUACAGAAUCUACGGAGAUGGGAAGAAGAAAUGGAGGAAGGUCACUGCACGAAAUUCUUCGUCGUCGCCUCGAGUCCUGCAAAUCCAGGUACUCAACUAUGGAUGAAAUUGUGAAUCAUCUUCGUGCAAAUUACCCUGAUUAUCAGCGAACAAAACAACAAACUUUGACUCGAUUUGUUCAAGAAGCUUUGGAGUCAUCCAAGCAUGGGAACAGGCAGUUGAACAGAAAGCCUAAUACUCCCAUAUUGAAGCCUGACACCGUAGAAGAUAAUGAUGAAGACGAAGAAGAGGGUCGAAGUGCAUCUCGAAAGAGGCGCAAGAAAGUUGAUGAAAGCGAAGAGAGAUUGCAAAAAAUGGAGGAUUUACACCUUCAAAGGUUGCAAAGGGAUCGGGGCAUUCUAUCAACCUCUUUUGCCUCAACUUCUAGUACAUCAGUGUCAUCAGACGGCGAAGAUGGGACUGUGUCUACGUCAGAGGAUGCAAUUUAUGGGGAGAAAGUGGAACCAGCCUUUGACUUAAUGAAAACAAUGUUGCGGGCUUCAUACUCGGAAACAAAGAAUGUGAAAUCCACAGUAGAGGAGAAAAACAUUGAACUGGAGGUGGCUAAUAAUAAGAAGGCAACUAAGGUUGAUGCUAUGAAUGCGGUUGGAGGUAACAUGAACGAUGAUUUGGAACCAAAAAGGCAAUUGAGGGGUUCAGUUCCGAAUGGCAAUGGUGAUGUUGAGGUCAAGGGGAAGGGUGGACCUAGAUUCAAAGAUUUGGGUGGGAUGAAGAAGGUGCUGGAGGAAUUGAAGAUGGAAGUAAUUGUUCCACUUUAUCAUCCACAGUUGCCAAGAAAGCUAGGGGUGAGGCCUAUGGCAGGGAUUUUGUUACAUGGACCCCCAGGGUGUGGCAAAACCACUCUGGCUCUUGCUAUAGCUAAUGAGACCGGUUUUCCAUUCUAUCAGAUAUCAGCAACAGAAGUGGUUUCCGGAGUUUCAGGGGCUUCUGAAGAAAACAUUAGAGAGCUUUUUUCUAAAGCAUACAAGACUGCCCCAUCAAUUGUCUUUAUCGAUGAGAUUGAUGCAAUUGCUUCAAAAAGAGAAAAUUUACAACGUGAGAUGGAGAGACGAAUUGUAACACAGUUAAUGACUUCAAUGGAUCAAUCAAGCAGGCUCUUACAGCCAGCUGAUAGCUCAGAAAGUUCUGAUGCCCUUCCUGGCUAUAUUCUUGUUAUUGGAGCUACGAAUAGGCCUGAUGCUGUUGACCCUGCCCUGAGAAGGCCUGGGCGAUUUGAUCGUGAAAUUUUCCUUGGUGUCCCUGAUGAAUAUGCUAGGGAGGAGAUCUUGUCUGUGCUUACUCGCAAUCUGAAUCUGGAGGGCUCAUUUGACCUUAGAAAAAUAGCCAGGUCUACACCAGGUUUUGUUGGAGCAGAUUUGGCAGCUCUAGCUGAUAAGGCGGGUAACCUAGCAAUGAAAAGAAUUAUUCACGACAGGAAACAUGAAUUAUCCCAAGAUCUUUUAGAUGAGCAUGAUGAAGAUUGGUGGAGGGAACCUUGGUUACCAGAAGAGAUGGAUAAGCUUGUCAUCAAAAUGUCAGAUUUUGAGGAAGCAGUCAAAUUAGUGCAACCUUCAUCAAGAAGAGAAGGGUUCUCUUCCAUUCCUAAUGUAAAAUGGGCAGAUAUUGGGGGGCUUGAUCUUCUAAGACAAGAGUUUGAGCGUUAUAUUGUCAGACGCAUAAAGUAUCCAGAGGAUUAUGAGGAAUUUGGGGUGGAUCUUGAGACAGGAUUUUUGCUUUAUGGACCACCAGGGUGUGGUAAAACACUGAUCGCUAAAGCUGUUGCCAAUGAGGCGGGAGCCAAUUUUAUUCAUAUCAAGGGCCCUGAACUUCUAAAUAAAUAUGUUGGAGAAAGUGAGCUAGCAGUGCGGACAUUGUUUAGUCGGGCAAGAACAUGUUCACCUUGCAUUCUUUUCUUUGAUGAGGUGGAUGCACUGACAACUAAACGUGGUAAAGAAGGUGGAUGGGUUGUAGAGCGACUAUUGAACCAGCUACUUAUUGAAUUAGACGGUGCAGAGCAAAGGCAAGGUGUUUUUGUCAUUGGUGCUACAAACAGACCUGAAGUGAUGGACCGUGCAGUCCUUCGGCCCGGUAGGUUAGGUAAACUUCUGUUUGUUCCUCUGCCAAACUCAGAUGAGCGAGGCUUGAUCUUAAAAGCUCUUGCAAGGAAGAAGCCAAUUGAUGACACAGUGGAUUUGUGUGCCAUUGGAAGAAUGGAAGCUUGUGAAAAUCUUAGUGGUGCUGAUCUUGCUGCAUUGAUGAACGAAGCAGCUCUGGCUGCUGCUGAAGAGAAGUCGGCAUCAACAGCAGAGAGAACUUCAGAUGCAUUGACCAUCAAAUUAAGCCAUUUUGAGACUGCUCUCACUAAAAUUUCUCCCUCGGUGUCAGACAUGCAAAAGCAAUACUAUCAACGAUUAGCAGAUACUUUUAAGGCUGCAUGAGAAAAAAUUAUGUUGGGAGAAUUGUCCUCCAAUGGGGCCUUGGUUGGUGUAUGGAUUGAUCGAUUGAUGCUAAGUAGUUUGUCCGGAAUUUUGUUUUUUUUGUUUU